AUGCCUGUCGACAAGCAAGAGCGAGUGGUCGACACCGACAACAUCCAGGGCAGCAUCUGGCCCCGUCUCCCCAAGUACUACGAAUCCUACCUCUUCUUCAAGAUCACAAAGAAAGAGAGGUUCAGAAAGCACCUUAGAGAUAUCCUCGACAACGGGGAAAUUACCACCGGCACUCAAUGCGAGAACCACCUGAACUCAAUUGGGGAGUUUGAAGAAGCCUGUGCAAGAUCUCGACGUGAUAUUCCCGAAGCGGACCGAAAGCCCUUUACGGCAGUGAACAUCGCCUUCACCCAUAUGGGCUUACUCAAGGUGGAAAAUCCCAAGGUCGAAGUGAAAUUUGCUGCGACUCUGCAAAAGGAUCCGGAUGCUUAUUGCACGGAUAGAAUCAACGAGGGUCUUUUCGAGAAGGGCAUGUUCGAUGACCUCGUCUACGAAGGUGCCGAUAGCCCCCCUGCCUUGCAUCCGGAUUUCAGGGCUCCCCCCGGGAAUGAGACAAAGACCGGACUAGAACGUUGGGAGUGGAGAGUGGACGGAGUUUUCAUCGUCGCUGCCCACACGGCGAAAGCGGUGCGUAAGAAGGUCAGAGAUCUGGAGGAUGCCUUCAAUGUGGGGGAUGCGAAUGAGGCCAGUAUGAAGAUCGCCUUCAGAAGAGAUGGCCAACAUCGUCCUGGUGCGAACCGUGGCAAAGAGCACUUCGGUUACGAGGAUCACAUCUCUCAGCCAAAGAUCAAAGGCCUGGAUGACCCCCCGGCCAAGGGUGAACCUCAUGCCUGUCUUCCCGGAUACAUCUUUCUCGGGCACAAAGGUGACCCCAAUAUGAAAAGAGGCCCCGAAUGGGCCAAGGAGGGCAGUUUCCUUGUCUUCCGUCAGCUCGACCAGAAGGUUCCCGAAUUCGAAAAGUUCCUCGAGGAGGCGGCACCGAAAGUCCCAGGGACCAACUAUCAGGGACCCAAUGGUCCCGCGAAGCUGGGUGCUCAUAUGAUGGGACGAUGGAAGAGCGGAGCUCCCGUCGCCAAGGCCACCGACGAGGACAAUGCGGACUUGGCAUUCGACAACAAAUUCGACUUCAGACCCAAGAAGAGCAUAAAGGGUUGUCCGUUCGCGGCUCACAUCCGCAAGAUGCGUCCCAGAGCCGAUAAGAAGCGCGAUGUGGGGACAGAAGAGGAUGGCGAUAACACCGAGCUUCCGGAGCCAGAAAGUGAUGAGUCCGAGGCCGAAGGACAAGAGGAGGAUGCUAGUGUCAUCCUCCGUCGUGGUAUCACCUUCGGUCCUGAACUCACCGAGGAGGAAAAGAGGGAGAGGAGGACAAUUGAACAACGUGGGAUCUACUUUACGUGUUACCAGAGUCUUAUCCGGGAUGGGUUCAACUUCCUCAUGACACGCUGGGCGAGUAACUCCUCCUUUCCUGAGUACAAGACGAAGACUUUCCCCGACGGUCCUGGUAUGGACCCCUUCGUUAACCAGAGACUCCGUUCCGAUCAUCCCGAGGGUCACAUCAGUCUGUACGAUGGAAGCAACCCGGACAAGACUGUCAAGCUUAAUCUUGGUAUUAGUCCGUGGGUUGAUCAGAAAGGUGGUGAAUACUUCUUUACUCCUUCUAUGAAGGCUUUGAGGGAGCAUUUCUCAACUGCCACUUUAGACAAAGAAGGCGAAUCUCCGAAGGAAGACCAGACUAAAGAGUUACGCGCGAAGAUCGCCCGGUUGGAGGAGACCAAUAAAUUCCUGGAAAAAAUCAAUCAGGAGCACGCCGGAUACAUCGAGUCUUUGAAAGCCCAGCUCAAGGAGUCGCAAGAAUCACACCAGAAGUAUGUGGAGGAAACCAGCAAGCAGUGUCCGACUGUCUUUGGAUACGCGGGGUUUGUCCAUUUGGACUUUUUGAACCGGUUAAGUGACACAGAUCUGCGACAGUUGAAACAUCAGGUCCGAGAUGUUCUGGGAGAGUUGGCAGGAGACGUGGACUGGACGCAGUGGCAACGAAUCAUUCGAGACCUGGACUCGAAAUACGGGUUCGGAUUAGUGUACGGUAAUGGGGAUCAUUAUGAGGGGCGCCACUGGAGUGAGUGGAAGGAGAUCCAGUAUUCGGCAAGCCACUCCCAGUAUGAUCGCACUGUGGCCUUUCGCAACCGGAUGGGCCAGUGGUGCAACAAUUAUAAGUGGAAUGCAGUCGGUGGAGAUGCGGCUGGAUGUGCGUUGAUCUGGAUAACCUUUGUCAUACAGCUACAUGAUGUGUUGCAGGUAUACAAGCCACAGGUGUGUUAG